UCCGUCGCCCUGGGAGACGACCCGCGACCUGGGAGCUAGCGGAGUUGUUUCCCGCCGGCGGGAGCUGCCGCUAUCGCUGAGGGACGGGCUCCGAGUUGCCGGAAUCCCGCGCCGCGCCACUAUGGCGGACCAGUUUUAUCUGGAGAACAUAGACGAGUUCGUCACGGACCAGAACAAGAUCGUAACAUACAAGUGGCUGAGCUAUACACUAGGGGUUCAUGUUAACCAAGCCAAACAGAUGCUGUAUGAUUAUGUUGAAAGGAAACGGAAGGAAAAUUCAGGAGCCCAGCUGCAUGUCACCUAUUUGGUGUCUGGCAGUCUUUUGCAGAAUGGACAUUCCUGCCACAAGGUUGCAGUAGUGAGGGAAGAUGAACUGGAAGCAGUGAAGUCCAAGCUAGCUGUGACUGCCAGCAUCCAUGUGUACAGCAUCCAGAAAGCUAUGCUAAAGGACAGUGGGCCUCUGUUCAAUACCGACUAUGACAUCCUUAAAAGCAACUUGCAGAACUGUAGCAAGUUCAGUGCCAUACAGUGUGCGGCUGCAGUCCCAAGAGCUCCUGCAGAAUCCUUGUCUUCCAGAAAGUUUGACCAGUCAGAUCUUCCGGCAUCAAGUGAGACACAAGCCAGUGAGCUGACUACCAAUGGCCAUGGUCCACCUGCCUCCAAACAGGUUUCCCAGCAGCCCAAAGGAAUUAUGGGCAUGUUGGUUUCUAAGGCUGCUACUAAACCCCAAGAAACCAACAAAGAAACCAAACCAGAGGCCAAAGAAAUAACAAAUGCAUCUUCGGCAGGGGGCAAAGCACCAGGAAAAGCUAACACGAUGAGCAAUUUUUUUGGAAAAGCUGCAAUGAAUAAACUUAAAGUAAAUUUGGAUUCAGAACAGCCAGUAAAAGAAGAAAAAUUAGUGGAGCAACCUCCAGUGUCUGUCACUGAACCAAAGCUGGCAGCUCCCACAGGUCUGAAGAAAUCCAGCAAAAAGGCAGAGCCUGUUAAGACGCAGCAGAAGGAAAAAAAAGGGGGGAAGCGAGUAGAGUUAUCUGAUGAUGAAGCAAAGGAAACAGAAAACAUGAAGAAGAAGAGGAGAAGAAUCAAACUUCCUGAGUCUGACAGCAGUGAAGAUGAAGUCUUCCCAGACUCUCCUGAGACCUAUGAAGCGGAGUCACCAUCUCCACCUCCUCCUGUAUUUUCACCUCCCGAUCCUCUGCCCAAAGAGCUGCCUCCUAUCAAGAGUUCAAGUGGAGAAAGCAAAAGAAAACGAAGGCGUGUACUGAAAUCUAAAACCUUUGUGGAUGAGGAAGGCUGCAUAGUGACUGAAAAAGUCUACGAGAGUGAAUCUUGCACAGAUAGUGAAGAGGAGCUUAAGAUGAAGACAUCCUCUGUACACAGGCCUCCUGCCACAGCUGUGAAAAAAGAGCCCAGAGAAGAACGGAAGGGCCCCAAGAAAGGGACUGCUGCUCUGGGCAGAGCCAACAGACAAGUGUCCAUUACUGGCUUCUUCCAGAAGAAGUAAAUGCCGUCUUGGCAGGACUGGAGUGGUCAAGGGAGAAGACCAAGAAGACUAGCCUGUCACUUACUGUGUAAGUUCGUCUAGCUCCUUGCCUCACCUGCAUCAGAAGACUGUUCUUCUGUCCUGUGACGCUUGUAGUGUUUCUGGUUUUUAACCAGAAGGGAGUCACCUGGAAGCACAAGGCAAAAAGAAUAUUUGAAAAGCUGUUACCUUCUAAUGACAUUCUUAAAGCACAAUCUUUGACCUGGCUGGGAGAAAAAUCCACUCCAAAACUAAAUUGGAGCAGGUUUUAGAUUUACCUGGCAUGCCCUUCACCCUCUGCCGUGCCCUCUACUUGUGUGGCUCAGGCAGUGUUCGUUCUUGGUCCUCUGUGUUCUUUGAACUUGGGAAAUGUUUUUAUUCAUGAAUUCUACUGGAUGUGUUCACCCUACUCCUUCCUCUCUCUGCUACCACAUACACCUCUGUCUUCUAAGCACAUAAAGCUAUUUUCUGAAAAUCUUUUAAAUCUUGGACUGAAACAAAAAUCUUCUGGUAAUUCUCUUCCUUCAUUAUAGACACUGACACCUGGCUCCAGGCCAGACAUUGCUUAUUUCUGUUCCUUUCACAAAAGCUCUCUAGACCUUCACUCACAUUAGUGGUUAGGGAAGAGCUUUGGGCAGAGUACAAACAGAAACUUCAUGAUGUGUCCAACUCCACCAGCAGUGACUUGAGUCUGUAUGAAUGAUGCUGGCAGAGCUGUCAUGCUCUGGCACAGGGUAUGCACUAUUCUGUCUUCAUGAUUUCUUGCUCCCUGCUUUCUCAUUUUUGAUACCUAGAGAGUAAAACCCAUACAGUGAGAUGGAGGCAUAAAAAGAGAAAUGCUUCCUGUGUACCAGACAGAAUUUCUCCUCUCAAGGAAAUGGGAAGUCUGGAAUUCCUGGUUUCCAGGAAGCUAAUGAAGAACUUAAGGCACAGAUUGAUGCACAGAUAUUGCUCGGGAUUUGUAACUCCUCCAUCUGCCCAGCAGUAUAGGCUCUCCAAGAAGAGAUGGGCAGGCUGAUUGGUUAGUGGAGCUAAACAAUAAUUAAAACAUUUCCUUUUGUGCUUCUAGAAACCAUCUGUUCCAAUAGCUUUCACAUACCUUCCAUUACAGCUGGGCAGGUGGUGAGCCCCAUGGUCCAAGUGGUGUGGCAGUGGUCCUGUAUCCUGAGCUCUGGGGAAGGGAACACAGGCAGGACUGGCCAUGUGACUCACCCAUGGCAGGCAAGGGAUGUCUGAGCUGCUCCUUCCACCUCAGCCUGGCCUGUGUCAUAACAGAUAUAAUAAGCUGCCCUGUGUUGAAGGUUAGGAUUGUGACUGACCUUGGAAGUAACACAAGCUGCUUUAGCAUCCAAGCAUAGAGUUACCCAAGACUAGCAGCUUGGAUAAUGAGUCCUGGUCUUCAGUCUUAAGGCUUGAGGGCAGAGGCUUUGCACAGCAAGCUGAGUCAAGGGUGUUGUAUUCCAAAACCUCCCUCCUCCUUUUUUAUGCAAAUGAGUGAAAAACCUGGACUUAAAGCUUGAUUCUUCAGGAGAAGAAUCCCUUAUUUUAAAUGGUUAUUUUUGUCAUCGCCUCUAGUCAUUUUUCUGAAUAGGAAUGGAAAAUUAAAAAGUAGCAAUCCACUCUUUUAAAAAAAAAUAUAUGUUGGGAUAUCUAAUAAAACCACAUUUGAAUUGGAAAA